AUGAUAAAGGAAAAAGAAUUGGAAAAAAAAAUUAAAAGAAAACCUUUGAUUAUAUUAUUAGAUUAGAUAUAGAAUUCUGCUAAACUUUGUUGCAACAAAAAUAAUAAAACUUAAGAAAGUCUUGAAGAAUUUCUUAAAAAAUUCGCCGAAGGAGAAAUUGAAGAGCCAUCUAAAUUGAAAAUAAAACUCAAUUUGCAUGAUAAAGAAGCAUAAUUUAGCUUAGAUAAAUUAAAAGAUGAAAUAAAUUCAAUAGAAUAAAAUAAUUUCACAAUAGAAAGAGAAGAUGAAAAUUAAGCAAGUGAAUAUGUAGAAUAUUUGAAAUCUCUUUUCAAUUAUUAUUUCAAAGCUAAAAAAGAUCUCAUGUUUAUUUUCUUAAAUGAUUUUAUCUAAAAUUCUAUGAAAUCUUUCAAUACCGAAUUUGAUAAAUAUGAUUUAAAUAUUCUUAAGGGAUAAAAUAUUUAAGAGUUUUUGUAAAAAUUCUAAUUCGAAUUCAGUUUUUGCUAUGAUGCUUUUUAAAUAAAAUCAGAAAUUAUUCUCAACAACGGAGAACCCUAGGAUAUUUUAUAGGGAGAUUAGGAAAGAGAUUAUAGAAAAAUGCAAUUCUAUUUCAAAUUUUCUACAGUUUUGAAAAAAGAUCUUGAUUUAUUCAUAUUUUUCUAAUAGAAAUAAAUUAAAUAAAAGAUAUCUACAUCAGCUGAAGAUUUGGACAAUAUGAGAUUCGUGGACUAAUUUUAUCCUUUUUAUUGCGAACAUAUUUGUCCUGUAAAAUAUUUCUUUGAUAGAAAUUUUCUCAUAGAAUUAUAGUGUUAUAAUCCACACUUACAUCUUUUGUCAGAGCAAGAUUAUUAGGAUCUCAAGAUUAGUCUUUCCAUAAAAAACAAAAAGGGAAAAAUAAUGAAAUUGAAAUAUUCUUAAAUUGAAAAAUAUUAAAUUUCUGGUACUAUCAUGGGUUAUAAAAGAGGAUAAAAAAAAUAAAGUAUAAUGACUGAAAGCAUAAAUACUUUAGUAUUUUGCAAAAAGAUGAAUAAAUACCUUUUUAAUUCUUCUUUAAAUAAUGAAAUGAAUUGA